AUGGCCUGCUCCGUGGUCCAGUUCUGCCACUUCCAGGACCUGCAGGCCGCCCGCGACUUCCUCUUCCCUCAGCUGCGGGAGGAGACCCCCCUCGGCGCCCUGCGGAGGGACCCCAGUAAAUCAACGAACUGGGAAGAUGAUGGGUGGGGAGCAUGGGAGGAGACGGAGCCAGCUCUUCAGGAACCCGAAGAAGAAGGAAAUACUUGCAAAACACAAAAAACUUCCUGGCUUCAAGAUUGCAUUUUAUCCUUAUCGCCAACCAAUGAUCUUAUGGUGAUAGCCCGGGAGCAGAAAGCUGUAUUUCUAGUGCCAAAAUGGAAAUAUGGUGAUAAAGGAAAGGAAGAAAUGCAAUUUGCUGUUGGUUGGAGUGGCUCUUUAAAUGUCGAAGAAGGGGAGCAUGUCACCAGCGCCCUGUGCAUCCCCCUGGCCAGCCAGAAGAGGAGUUCCACGGGCCGCCCUGACUGGACCUGCAUCGUGCUGGGCUUCACUUCGGGCUCCGUGCGCUUCUACACGGAGAACGGCGUGCUGCUGCUCGCACAGCUUCUGAACGAGGACCCCGUGCUGCAGCUCAAAUGCAGGACCUACGAGAUCCCACGGCAUCCGGGCGUGACCGAGCAGAAUGAAGAGCUGAGUAUCUUAUAUCCUGCUGCCAUUGUGACUAUUGAUGGGUUUAGCCUUUUUCAGUCUCUUCGUGCUUGUCGAAAUCAGGUAGCAAAAGCUGCAGCUUCAGGCAAUGAGAACAUCCAGCCACCACCAUUAGCUUAUAAGAAAUGGGGUCUGCAAGAUGUUGACACUAUCGUUGAUCAUGCUAGUGUUGGUAUUAUGACGCUGUCCCCUUUCGAUCAGAUGAAAACUGCCUCCAAUAUCGGUGGAUUCAAUGCGGCCAUUAAGAACAGCCCGCCUGCCAUGUCUCAGUAUAUCACUGUGGGGUCCAACCCGUUCACUGGCUUCUUCUAUGCUCUAGAGGGAAGCACACAGCCGUUGCUCUCUCACGUUGCCCUCGCCGUUGCCAGCAAACUCACUUCUGCUCUGUUUAAUGCUGCCAGCGGUUGGCUUGGUUGGAAAAGUAGGCACGAGGAAGAAGCUGUCCAAAAGCAGAAGCCGAAGGUGGAACCAGCCACCCCGUUAGCUGUAAGAUUUGGGCUUCCAGAUUCUAGACGCCACGGUGAGAGCAUCUGUCUGUCUCCCUGCAACACGCUGGCAGCAGUAACGGAUGAUUUUGGCAGAGUUAUCUUAUUGGAUGUAGCCAGAGGAAUUGCAAUACGCAUGUGGAAAGGGUAUCGGGACGCGCAGAUUGGCUGGGUCCAGGUGGUAGAGGACCUCCACGAAAGAGUCCCAGAAAAGGGGGACUCCUCCCCCUUCGGGAGUCCCCAGGGCCCCAGCCGAGUGGCUCAGUUCCUGGUGAUCUACGCGCCUAGGAGGGGCAUCCUGGAGGUGUGGAGCACGCAGCAGGGACCCAGAGUGGGCGCUUUCAACGUGGGAAAGCACUGCAGGCUCCUGUAUCCUGGCUAUAAAAUAAUGGGCUUAAAUAAUGUCACCAGUCAGAGCUGGCAGCCACAGACCUACCAGAUCUGCCUCGUGGAUCCCGUGUCUGCGGGCGUGAAAACGGUGACUGUUCCUUUCCACCUGGCGCUGAGCGACAAGAAGAGCGAACGGGCCAAGGACAUGCACUUAAUGAAGAAAUUAGCGGCCUUGCUGAAAGCGAAAUCUCCCAGUCUCGAUUCGGUUGAAACAGAAAUAAAGGAAUUAAUUCUCGACAUAAAGUACCCUGCAACCAAAAAGCAGGCUUUGGAAAGCAUUUUGGCAAAUGAACGUCUACCAUUUUCCUGCCUUAGAAAUGUCACCCAAACUCUCCUGGACACUUUGAAAAGUCAAGAGGCGGAGUCUGUUGACGAAGUGCUGCUCCAGUUCUGUGCCAGUAAGCUGAAGCUACUCCAUCUUUAUGAGUCUGUGAGCCAGUUAAAUGCCCUGGGUUCUCCUUCAGACACGUCCUUCUCUGAUAACGACUUGGCUGUACUGCUGAGGCUGGACGAAAAGGAGCUCGGGAAGCUGCAGGCGCUGCUAAACAAGUACAAGCAGGAGAACAGCAGGGCUGCCGUCCGCUUCUCUGAGGACCAGGACGGGGUGCUGCCUGUGAAAACAUUCCUGGAAUAUUUGGAGUGUGAGAAAGAUGUGAUCAGCGUCAAGAAGAUGAGUGAGGAGGAGCACGUGGCUCUAGGCAGCUUCUUCUUCUGGAAGUGUCUGCACGGAGAGAGCUCCACGGAGGACAUGUGCCGUGCUCUGGAGGCUGCAGGACUCAGCCCGCAGCUGCUGCUGUCUCUGCUCCUGAGCGUGUGGCUCUCUAAGGAGAAGGACAUCCUGGAGAGGCCGCAGUCCGUCCGCUGUCUGCACACCACGCUGUCCCUCCUGAGCCGGAUGAAAGUGGCCCUCGACGACACGUGGGACUCCCAGUCGGUGUCCCCGUGGUGGCAGCAGAUGCGCACGGCCUGCGUCCAGUCCGAGAACAACGGGGCCGCCCUGCUCUCCGCCCACGUGGGCCACUCGGUCGCCGCGCAGAUCUCGGACAGCGCGACCGAGAAGAGGUUUUCCCAGGCAGAGCUGGGCGCAGAUGCCCAGGCCCUCACGGACUCCUGGGAGGCCCUGUCUCUGGACACCGAGUACUGGAAGCUGCUGCUGAAGCAGCUGCAGGACUGCCUCAUCCUGCAGACCCUGCUGCACAGCAGAGCGGACACGCGCCCCACCCGGGCGCCCUCGCUGCCCCCCGAGCCACUGCCCCGGCUCUCCGUCCGGAAGCUCCUGGAAGGAGGGAGAGGUGGCAUCGCAGACAGUGUGGCCAAGUGGGUAUUUAAACAGGACUUGCGCCCUGAGGUAUUAACACUGGCCAACGAAGAAAGAGAUGCCGAAAACCCAGACGAACCCAAGGAGGGUAGCAGCCGAGGUUUAUGUGAGAUGUCGGAGGCGGACAUGGACUUGGGAGCCAUACCAGACCUGCUGCGUGCGGCCCGCGAGCAGUUCCCGUGCAGCCUGGAGCUGGACGUGCUGCACGCACACUGCUGCUGGGAGUACGUGGUGCAGUGGAACAAGGACCCGGAGGAAGCACGUUAUCUUGUGAGGUCAAUAGAACACUUGAAGCACAUCCUUAACGCACAUGUUCAGAACGGCAUCGCCCUGAUGAUGUGGAACACGUUCCUGGUGAAGAGGUUUUCUGCCGCCACGUACUUGCUGGAUAAGGUCGGAAAGGCGCCCAAGGAGAGGCUCUGCCGCAGGGACGUGGGGAUGAGCGACACGGCGAUGACCUCUUUCCUCGGCUCCUGCUUGGAUCUCCUUCAGACUUUGUUGGAGGCAGACGUCGGCCGGGACGAGAUGCAGGCGCCCGACCUGGAGACGGAGGACGCGUGGCUCGCCGUCGAAGGGCCCAUCUCCAUUGUGGAGCUGGCCCUGGAGCAGAAGCCCAUCCACUACCCGCUGGUGGAGCACCACUCGGUCCUGAGCUCCAUCCUGUUCGCGGUCAUGCGGUUUUCCCUAAGGGCCGUGAAGCCACUGUCGCUUUUCGACAGUAAGGGGAAAAAUGCAUUUUUCAAAGACCUAACUUCCAUUCAGUUACUACCCAGUGGAGAAAUGGACCCAAAUUUCAUUUCUUUACGACAGCAGUUCUUGCUGAAGGUUGUCAGCGCCGCUGUCCAGGCUCAGCACGCGGGCGCCAGGGAGAAGGACGGCUCAGACGCGGCCCCCGCCGCUCCCGCUGGGAAAGACCUGGAGUGGCCAGUGCUGGCCGUGGACCUGGCCCAUCACCUUCAAGUCAGCGAAGACGUCGUGAGGAGGCAUUACGUGUGGGAACUCUACAACUACGGAGUGGACCACUUAGGGGAAGAGGCCAUCCUGCAGGUGCAUGACAAAGAGGUCCUAGCCUCUCAGCUGCUGGUGCUGACGGGGCAGAGGCUGGCUCACGCGCUGCUCCACACGCAGGCGCGGGAAGGCAGGGAGCUGCUGGCCCGGCUGUCCCCCACGCUCUGCACCUGGCUGAAAGCGAUGGACCCCCAGGAUCUUCAAAACACGGAAGUGCCAAUUGCGACGACAGCUAAACUAGUGAAUAAAGUCAUCGAGCUUCUGCCGGAGAACCACGGGCAGUACAGUCUCGCCUUACACCUCAUCGAAGCUGUGGAAGCCAUAGCCAUUCCUUCUCUAUGA